AUGCCUCAGAAUCAAUUUAGAAUCGUGGUAGGAUCAUACGAACACAAUUUGCUAUGUUUGUCACUGAACUUAUCGCUUGAAUCACCAAUUUUCACGCCAAUCUUCCACUUUCAAGCGCAUGCAUUAAGCGUGAAGUGUCUCGACAUCUCAAAGAGAUAUUUGGUUUCUGGUUCUAACGAUGAGCAUAUCCGUAUUUAUGAUUUGCAGAAACGUAAAGAGUUGGGAAAUUUGAUGAGCCAUCAAGGCUCUAUUACGGCUCUGAGAUUUUCGAGAGGUACUAAAGUUGUUAGCAAAGCUGAAGGCGAAGAGAUUGCAGAGCCCCUUGGGCGCGGUAAUAGUAAAUGGCUGCUCUCGGCUUCGGAUGAUCAUAAUUUGGUAGUCUGGAGAGUAAAAGAUUGGGAAAACUUUGGGACUUUGAAAGGCCAUUUGGCCCGCAUCAAUGACUUCGACAUCCAUCCUUCGAACAGAAUUGCAAUCAGUGUCAGUGAAGAUCAUUCUAUUAGACUUUGGAACUUGAUGACAAUCAAAAAAGCUGGUGUUUUGAAGCUUAAAAAAUACAAUCAAAAUGGACAGUUUGUUCGUUGGUGUGGAGACAACGGCGAGUUCUUUGCCGUUGCUCUCACUAAUAAGGUCCUCAUUUACCGGACCUCGACAGCUAAAGUGCACCGUGAAAUAGACACCGGUAAGUCUAGCAUCAUGCACAUGGAGAUUGAGAUGAUCGAUGAUCAAGAGCAUAUUGUGGUGGGUUUUGGAAAUGGUGUUGUUUCCAUGUAUUCCACAAAUGAACUGUACAGUAAGAAGGACGAAGAGGAGGAGGAUAAAGGAGAUGAGGAAGAUGAGGAAGAUGAGGAGGAUGAAGACGAGGAGGAUGAAAAAAAAGAAGCACCUAUCUCUCCCGUCUUCACUCUGCAAGGCCAUAGCAACCGUAUUAAGGAUUUUAAAUUCUACACAAAUGAGUUUGGUCAUUACUUGGUCACAAUCAGCUCAGAUGGUAAGAUCGUUGUUUGGGAUAUGGCUACCAAGGAUCAGGUUGCCGUGUAUGACUGUGCCGAACGGUUGAACUGUUUGGCUCUUUGCGAUGAAACUAUUGAGAAGUACGAAACGAUGAAGAAAAGGGACGCAGAAGAGGCCGAGUUAGGCGAACAAAGUGAGGUUGAGGAAGAUUCUGAAAACUUGAAGCAAAUCAUGCUCGGUAGCAAACCCUUGAAGAAGGGCAAGAACAAGAAAUCCGGUUCCAAGAACAAAAAAGUGGACAUUCAAUUGGAGUAA